GUUUGUGAUCGUGCAGCAGAGCAGAGGUAACCAACCACUCAAUUCAACGCAACAACCAGUCCAUUCGGUUUGAGGCUCUUGCCGCAUUGCACAGCGACACUGCUGGUCAGUUUAGAUCGAAACUCGAUACGAAGCGAACGCGUUUCGAGGAACCAACAAACCUUCGUUCUUCGUCCGGAAGUGAUCGUUUUGGGUGUUUGAUAGUGUGGUGUGUCUGCUGAUCCUGUGUCUGGUGUCUGGUCCCAUAUGAACCGACCAUACACUAUUUGCAAUUGUAACAAUACUACUCCCGUCUCCGAAGUACAACACUGAUUGAUACAAGGCGUGAGAGAAGGAGCAGCUUAAACUGCGAGAGAAGGAAGAAAGAAGCCAUAGUGCAGCAGUUUGUAGUUGUGUGAAUACGAAAUCCGAAGAUAAAAGUGUUUGAACUUCGCAAGGCGAAAAGAAGUGUGAUUCAAGCGCUAAAGUUAUCAGUUAGUCUAUCUCUAGACGGAAAACGAGAGCAGUGAGAGAGCAAAGUGAUCGUUAUUUUAAUCAGUUGAAUAAACAACAAUUUGGUGUUUAAAAAUAAUAACAAUAAAUUAUCGAAAAUUGCGAUUUCAAAUAAACACAACGUGUUAGCGAGGUGGCAAGUGCAAAUGUGAAAAAAAAUCUUACUAGAAAAUCUAUUUGGAGAACAAGUGAAUCGAGUAUCAAUGGAUUAAACCAGCUUAGAUGCAAUUGAUCGAAAAUUGAGUAUGUGUGAUUAUCAUUAGUUGGCGAUUAUAGUUAAUUGUAUAAUUGGACCAUGCAAUGAGCACAUAAAGACAACGUUGCUUCAUCAAUCACUCAGACCACGGCGCUUAGGCUAAUCAUCGCUUUGGAAGGUUCUACAAAUCACCACCCAAUUCACGCAAAAAAAAGGCUCGGAAAACAUUUCCCACCAUGAUGGAUCCAAUUUAUACGAUUGCGGGUUUCUGCAGAACCAAAUGACGCAACCAUCAAAUGUUCGACCCCAUCCCCAUGAACACAGAGAACAUUCUAAAGAACCCUCAGUCCUUAGAGUUGUAAUCCCACUGCAAGAGCCGAAGUUCAAACAAAGUGCAAUCGCGCCUCGAUCGUUAUGAAUGAAAACAAACAUUCCACGAAAGUGUCUCUGAAUCUCGUCUUGGCCGAUUGAUCGUCAAUCGAGAUUAUCGUCAAUCGAACGUCAUUGAGUAUCAUCCCAUCGGCAUCAACGGACGACGGUCGGUCACACCGGUGUUUCCAAGUAGAAGAAUACGUUCCUUGCAGCGCUGAUUUGAUACGCGCGGUGCUCUUGGUCUUAAAAAUACAGCAAGUUUGUUUUAUGACGUGGCAGAAAAUAAACUGCCUGUAAAAAUAGUGUAUCUCGUGGUGCCAAUCGCAUGCAAACAAGUCCUGUUGCCCGCCGCCGCCAAGUGUUGUGAGAAGCAAAUGGUGAUGAAAGCCGAGAUUGUCGGUUGAAGUGGAUGUGGAGCCAUAUGAUUUGUGUUUGAUGAUCUGAUGUUGUGUUUGCUUGUUGCCGUUGUGAUAGUUGUGAUUGUAAACGACAAAAAGUGCACGACCACCGGUAUUUAAUCAUCCAGUGAAGGUUCGAAGAAGAAUUUAUAAUUGAGAAAAAAAAAAGUUCUACGCCAGCAGCUGAAGUUCCAGCGGUUUGUUAAUUGCUGCGUCUAGUGCUUGUUGGUGUAACAAAGUUUUGCAUUCUUUUGGUUUCGAAAAGUUCAAAUUCAUCUUUCUGACGGGGUUGUUACAAGCAGGCACUCAAGUGCUUAUAUUUUGUUCAUUUAAGUUUCGUACGUUUAACGUUGCAUCAUCGAGUCCAGAAGAAUUUUGCAGAUAGGGACAAAACGCGCACCAUUUUCACUGCGUUGCUAAAAAGCACAUGCAGGUGUUAACCAUCGCGUGGAGUCGCGCCGAUCGGCCCCGUUCUAAGGGGCCAUGACGCGUUGGCCCGUUCUAUUGCUCUCACUGCUCUCGGUGGCGUUUGCCGGCGCCCCGAACUCCGAUGGAACGUUCCAACCGUCAGCAGCUGGCUCGGCGACUAUUUUGUCGCAGCCAUUGCCCCCGGCUUCUCCAAUGUUGGCCGCCGCCCAGACUGCCCUGCUGGGAACUUCAAACCAACAACAGCAGCAGCAGCAACAACAGUUGUCACAGUCUCUGUUCAGCCUCCCGCAGGCGCAAAAUCCGUACGCAUCGGGGGCGACAUUUAUUCCCAAGCUAACUACCUCUAAUUCGCGCCAUCAAAAAUUCAAAAACAACCGCACACAACUCGUGGUUGGUUACCUUACGGCACUUAAGGGCAGCAUGAAGGACAAGCAAGGGUUGGCCAUUUCCGGUGCUCUGACGAUAGCUCUGGAGGAAAUCAACGACGACCCCGACCUGUUGCCAAACGUGACACUGGCUCUCCGGUGGUAUGAUACUCGUGGAGAUACUGUGACUGCGACUCGUGCCAUCACCGAGAUGAUUUGUGACGGAGUGGCUGCCAUUUUUGGACCGGAGGGUACCUGCAAGACUGAAGCCAUCGUGUCACAGAGCCGGGACAUUCCAAUGAUCUCCUACCGAUGUUCCGAACUGCAUCGAAGCACACCCAUUCCCACGUUUGCCAGAACCGAGCCUCCGGAUACGCAGGUCACAAAAUCCAUCGUGUCGCUGCUGAUGUAUUACGGAUGGAAAAAGUUCUCCAUCAUCCACGAGGAAAUGUGGAAAAACGUGGCGGUGUCGUUGGAGAAUCAAGCACAGCGGAACAACCUCACCGUGAACCAUGUGGAGGAGGUGAUCGACUAUCACAAGUGCUGCGAGAACAAUCUGGAUUGUUGUCGUAGUGGAUAUUGGUAUACGAUCAUCCAGAAUACAAUGAAUCGAACGCGAAUCUACGUCUUUCUGGGAAAUCCCAACGCGCUAGUCGACAUGAUGACCCAGAUGGAUGCGAUGCAGCUGUUUUCAAAGGGCGAAUAUUUGGUGAUAUUCGUCGAUAUGAUGACGUAUUCGCUAAAGGAAUCGAAAAAGUACUUGUGGCGGUUGGAUCGGGUGUCGCACCACAAAAACUGCAAUGACAUGGAAUCGUUUCUGCAACGCGGUCGCAGCUUGCUGGUGGUGGUCGCUUCUGAGCCGCAUCCCGAGUUCGAACAGUUCACCAAUAAAGUGCGCGAGUACAACCAGAAGGAACCAUUUUCGUUCAGAAUGCCGGUGCUCUUCAAGGAGUAUGCCAAGUACGUUUCGAUCUAUGCCGCCUACCUGUACGAUUCGGUGAAACUGUACGCGUGGGCUUUGGAUAAGCUGCUAAAAGCGGAACAAGCUCACCGGCCACUAACGAGUGACGUCAUCUAUGAAGUGGCCAGCAACGGAACCCGAAUCAUCGAAACCAUCAUCCAGAACAGGACCUACAAAAGUAUUGCGGGCGCGAUGAUCAGAAUCGACGAGUUUGGCGAUUCUGAGGGAAACUUCUCGGUGCUGGCACUGAAGAACGAAUUCUACACGGAGGGAAACUUUUCCUGCGACUUCCAAAUGAAACCGGUGGCCCACUUCCAGAUGAGACAGUUCCAGCAGAGCAACGAUUCCAAUCAGAAACGAAGUGAUGAAAUCCCAGAAUUCAAACUAUCUCGAGCUGGAACUGCAAUUGAUUGGGCCGGUUCGGAACGCCCAAUGGAUGAGCCUUCCUGUGGAUUCAUGAACGAGUACUGUACGAAGGACGAAUCCCACGUCACGUCCAUGGUGAUUGCGGGUAUCCUGGGGUUGGUUCUGUUCUGUGCGUGUGUCAUCAUGAUGAGCAUCUACCGGAAAUGGAAAAUCGAACUUGAAAUCGAGGGUUUGCUUUGGAAAAUCGACUGCAACGAAAUCAAGGGAUACUUCAACACGGAGAUUGUAUCGUCUCCAAGUAAGCUCAGCCUGGCCAGCGCUCAGUCGUUUGGGUCGCGAUGCUCCAACCAGGUAUUCACGCCUACGGCUCGCUUCCGGGGCGUGGUGGUGCGCAUCAAGGAGCUGAAAUUUUCCCGCCGCAAGGACAUUUCCCGCGAGAUCAUGAAGGAGAUGCGGCUGCUGCGGGACUUGCGGCACGAUAACAUCAAUAGCUUCAUCGGGGCCUGUGUCGAACCGAUGCGGAUAUUACUAGUCACUGAUUACUGUGCCAAGGGUAGCCUGUACGAUAUCAUCGAGAACGAGGAUAUCAAACUAGAUGAAUUAUUUAUCGCAUCUUUAGUACAUGAUUUAAUUAAGGCAAUGAUAUAUAUUCAUAGUUCAGCUUUAAACUACCAUGGGAAUCUUAAGUCAUCCAACUGUGUGGUCACGUCUCGCUGGAUGCUGCAGGUCACGGACUUUGGCCUUCACGAUUUGCGCCACUGUGCCGAGAAUGAAUCUAUAGGUGAACAUCAACAUUAUCGAAAUCUCUUUUGGAAGUCGCCAGAGCUGCUGCGAGCUGAGCAACGAACCGAAGCCACCUACGGUAGCCAGAAGGGGGAUGUGUACGCCUUUGCCAUCAUUCUGUUUGAGAUCAUUGGACGGAGGGGACCGUUCGGCUACAGUGACCUGGAGCCGAUUCGAAUAAUUGAGCUGGUGCGGGCAAUCCCAGAGGAUGGGCAGGAGCCGUUUCGACCGGAUAUCAAGAGCGUGAUUGAGAAUGACUGCAUUCCCGAUUACGUGAUCAACUGCAUCACAGACUGCUGGGAUGAGAAUCCGGAUUCUCGACCGGAUUUCGCCUCGAUCAGGAAUCGGCUGAAACGUAUGCGAGGUGGUAAGUCGAAAAACAUCAUGGACCAAAUGAUGGAGAUGAUGGAAAAGUAUGCCAACAAUUUGGAGGAGAUUGUCCAGGACCGGACGAGGCUGUUGUGCGAGGAGAAACGGAAAACGGAGGAUUUGCUACAUCGUAUGCUUCCCCAGCCCGUGGCAGAGAAGCUUACAAUGGGACUCGGCGUGGAGCCAGUGUCGUACGAUUCGGUGACAAUUUACUUCAGUGACAUUGUUGGUUUUACAGCGAUGUCCGCUGAAAGUACACCAUUGCAGGUGGUGAAUUUCCUGAACGACCUGUAUACGGUGUUUGAUAGGAUUAUAAAAGGAUAUGAUGUGUACAAAGUGGAGACCAUUGGCGAUGCCUACAUGGUGGUUUCCGGUCUUCCUAUAACUAACGAAAAUCGUCAUGUUGGCGAAAUAGCUUCAAUGGCCUUGGAACUCCUGCAGGCUGUAAGGUCCCAUCGAAUUUCACAUCGUCCAAAUGAAACACUUAAGUUGCGAAUCGGCAUACACACGGGUCCGGUAGUGGCCGGUGUGGUGGGACUUACAAUGCCUCGGUACUGUCUGUUUGGCGAUACGGUUAACACGGCCUCUCGUAUGGAAUCGAACGGAGAAGCGCUGAAGAUACACAUAUCGGGUCAGUGUAAGGAAGCGCUCGAUCGGCUUGGUGGCUACGUCGUGGUUGAACGAGGGCUCAUCUCGAUGAAAGGGAAGGGCGAGGUGAUGACGUAUUGGCUGGAAGCAGCAACGGAUAAAGCUAUCCAGAAGCAGCCGGUCGACUAUCGGGAUCUACCUCCACCGUUGUUCUGCAGGCCGCGGCGAUCUCCACGAUUGACCUAUGAUUCUCGGCAUCCUAGUAUCAUCGCAAUCGCCAAUUAUACUGCGGGUAGCCGUCGGCAGUCCAGUGCGUUGAAAGAUCUCGAAAGCAAUUACAGUCUGCAAGGUUCGUCAUUUGAACCGUCGGUGCGAGACUCGCCCCGUGCCUAUCAGCGAAAGCUGGAACGAAUUCCACUGUGCAUCAAUGACGACUCCCAAAGUACUUUAGAACAGCAAAAUGCAAUAGGUAAAACCCAUUCUAGUGAUAGUCUAGUAAAGAAAGUCAUCUUUAACAAUAGUAGUAAGAAAGUUAGGAAUAUGCUCCGUUCCAUCGCGUCUACAGAUGACUACCACAACAUCUGUAGCUCAGGAACUUUUCUUCGGGAAAGCCGCUCAUUGGAUCCAUUUCCCAGUGACGUACGGAAGCGAUUGGAAAGUAUUAAGUUGGAGAGGAAACCUCGCAUGGGCCAUAAGGGCUCACAAUCACUUGAUGCUGGAGUUAGCACGAUAAGUAGUGAAUCGAUUGACAAAGACCAAUCAUCGAAGAUGAUCAUAACGACAGUGCCUGAGGACUACAGUCAGGGCGAUGGGCACAAGUAUCUCAACAAUAACUGCAACGGAUCCAUUGGAAACAACGAGGAAUCGCACUGUCCUUUGUUGAUGCGUCAGACUUCGCUGGUAACGCCCGGUCAGGAAGACAGCCUCAGUACGCAUAAACGAUGGUAUUCGCUGGAGAACGUCGCUGUGCCGGACGAGGACAGUUGCAGUAAGAAAUCGCUGACACGAGGGUCCAUCAAGUCGUGGCUGGUCGGUAUAAUCGGGUUCAAAACGAGUGAUUCUAGUUUACGGAAGGUAGGCGUGCUGCCGGUGGGAGUGCCCGGAGUGACAGGCUUUGGGGAAUUGCAAUCAACCCCAGAGAAGGAAAGUAUGGUUUGAUUUGGCGGUUCCUAGCUUUGGGCGGUGUGUGGUAGUUUUCCAAUUGUUUUAUAAUGUUUAGGAAGUUCUCGGAAAUGUUUGAUGAGAUUUUUGAACGAUGAAUAACCGAUAGGGGCAGCAUAUAAUGAUAUAUCUUCAAUGAAGGUUAUAAGAAUUUAAAUGUCUAAAAAUGAGUAAGGCUGUAAUGCACUAUGGACUGCAUAAAUGCAUCUAUUCAUUCUUAUGAUAUUUCCAGAGAUUAAUCCAGAAAUAUUCCCAAGAACUCCUUCAGAAACUUUGCCAGUAAUUCUAUCAGGGAUGCUACCAGAAAUUCCUCAGGUGUAAUUUUCAGCAAAAGUCUUUUGAAAAUUAUUCAUGGAUUCCUUCUAGAGUAUCUCCGGUGAUUUUCCUAGUAGCUUCCAUUGGGUUUGCUCCAUAAAAUAACCCCGGAAAUAGCCAGGUAUUCUCUCAGAUAUAAUUCUGCGGAAAAUAUUACGUUCGACUACUACCGAUCAAGGAUCUUUUCGUAAAGAAAAUUUUCUGGGCUUCCAUGGGUAAAGAGUAUCUUCGUAUCGUACACACAUGCAAACAUGGUGAUUUGACAAAGGAAACUCUUAGUUAAAAACUGUGGAAGUGCUCAUAAGAACACUAAGCUGAGAAGCAGGCUCUGCCCCAGUUGGGACGUAGCGCCAGAAAGAAGAAGAAGUUCAAGCAAUUUUGUCAUUAAUCUGUACAUGGAGAUUCAUGUAGGAAUAAAUUCAGAAAUUCGUUUCAGGUAUUUCUCAAGUGAUUCCACCGGUGAAUGUUCGAAUAAUAUCUACAGAAAACUACCUGAACGAUAUAUUUUUGAAAUUCCUUCAGUUUGCCUUUUGACACUUCUUAUGGAGUUACUUGAAAUAUUCUAAAAUAAUCCUCAACGAAUUACUUCUAAGAUUUCUUCGAGAACUUCCUCAAGGAUUCAUUAAAAGUAACCAUAAGAAUUUUACCAGGGAUUCAACCAUGAUAUCCUCCUGCAUGGAGAUCUUCAAGUAUUUCUUGGAAAAUUCCUUUAGUAAAUGCCUAAGAAAUUCAUAUCUGACAGGAUUUGAAUUUUCAUAUUUGACAGGAUGAAUCUGACAGGAUUUGCUCUAUAAAAACCUUUAUGCAUUUAUUCUGGAUUUGUAUGUGAUUAUAUCACCUGCGUCAGAUCUCCCACUCCACACUUAUUCUCAAUCUCUCAAUUAGACCUUAUUCAGUUAUUAUCGCAUUUUCUCCCCGUCUGGUUGAAUACACGCCGUUAACAGUGACUAAGUGUAGUUUAAUUUUUCUCCCGACCGAAAACCCACAGUGCAGUGAUUCUCCCCCCGUGAACCAGUGACCUAUCCCGGAUUGUCCGCUCCGCCGUUAUAGGCAAAAAGACCUAUCGAAGGGGGGUCCCUUGCGUGGA